AUGUUCAAGCUCGUCGCUCUGUUCGCCCUCGUGGCCGUCGCCGCCGCCAAGCCCGGCUUCCUGCACGCCCCAGCUCUCGCCGUGGCCCCAGCCAUCGAGACCCGCACCUCCGUGAUCGGCGAGACGACCGUCGAGUCCCACGGCAACAGCGUGGUCCACGCUAGCGCCCCAGUGGUGACCAGCUACGCCGCUGCCCCAGCCAUCGUCGAGACCAAGACCGCCAUCCUGCCCGCUGCCAUCCCCGCUCCGGCCAUCCGCACCUCCGUCAUCGCCGAGAAGACCAUCGAGUCCCACGGCAACUCCAUCGUCCACGGCAGCGCACCCGUGAUCACCAGCUACGCCGCCCCAGCCAUCGCCACCUACGCCGCUCCGGCUUACGCCACCUACGCCACCUACGCCGCCCCCGCUCACUUUGCCUACGCUGCCCCAGCCUGGAGCGAUAUAAGGUGUAACACAGAGCAAGCCAUGAUUCCUUGGGUAUUGAUUUCUCUCUUGGCCAUUGUCGCCGCUAAACCAAAUGCGCCGUCAGUAAUACUGAGCACUAAUGACAUUAGUUCUGUUGCGACAGGCUCAACGGACAAUACGGUAUUUUCACAAACUGUCGAAGCGCAUAAAACCAAUAUAAUCCAUGAUUAUAGACCGCUCGAUAACUCCGCAUUACCGAACAGCUAUUUAAAACCCGACCAAGAUACAAAUUAUCCUAAUGCGCAAUUAGUGCGCAAGCAUGUAGCGACCCCCUACGGACAUCACGGAUUCAAUCUGGGACACAUCGGACAACUGUUUAAUCAGCAUCAUGCCCCAGCUGCUUCGUACUUCUGGUAUCCACCCGUCGCGCCUCUACUACCACCAGCUCCAAUACCAGCUCCAGCUCCGGCUCCAGCUCCUACUCCUACUCCAGCCCCUGCUCAACAAACUCCAGGAGAACCUAUGCCGGUCACGAUACCCAUCAUUCCUUUUGCCGCACAACUGCUCAACCAACUAUUCUGGAUGCCUCUAGAACAACUUCUGAUUAACGUCAACCAAUCCCUGCUCCAAGCACCAAAGAACGAAAAAAAAUAGUUAGAGUAAAAAUAUCGUAACAAAGGAAUGUGCGAAAAUUAUAGCGUACAGAAAGAAAACAUUUUUUAUAAAGGCUUUAAAAUAUCGUUUAAAAUACACUUUGAUGAUUAUGCUCAACGAAACGACUUUGGUUUCAUUUAUUAUUAUUUUUGUACAUUUUAGCAGCCUUUAGCAAUUUGAAGAGUUUAGUGACGGAAAAAAGCUGGACCAAAACUGAACGAUACAUGAAUUGAAGUUAAGUUUGUAUUAGCUUCGCAACGACUUUUAAUAAAAAUUUUUAUC